UUGGCUGCAGCCUGUGGCGGGGGCUCUGGCGCGGGGUUCGCACCGGGCUGAGGGCGGCGGGGCGGCUGCGGGCCCGGGCGGGGGGUGCUGGGGCCUGCUGCCCCCCGCGCCCUCCAGCCGCCCCCCGCGCCCUCCAGCCGCCCCCGGUGCCCUCCAGCCGCCCCCCGUGCCGUGUCCGUGGGGCUGGCCCGGCUUCCCGGUAACCCGGGGCUGUCCCGCUCUCCCCGGGCCUCCGGGCGCGGCGGCGACGAGGCGGCCCCGUGCCAGGGGAGGGCACAGAGCGGCCUGCAGCCCCGUCCGGUCAGAGCUGGUCAGGACCGCGAUGCGUUUCGGUGAGUUUCGGCUUUUCAGCUCUUCUCCGAACGCUGCUUUGAGUAAUCUAACUGGAUGUGGCUAUCCCGUGUACGAAUAGUCCUGGAUCAUCAUCCCAAGUUGCACAUGGGUGAGAUCCUUAUCUUUUUCUAUCCAGAGGAUGUGGGAAUUCCAUCCAGAGCAGAAGCUCUGUGUAACUGCAGCAUUACUGGUGGAACCCUCUCACAGCAUCUAUGUAAACAGCCAUCUGAGAAGUUUUCUGCCCAUGUGCUGAAUCAUUGUUAUUUUUCUAAGGUGUAUCUGGUAAAACCCAUUUUCAUAACGGAUAAUUCCCUCCAGUGCUGUAUCAGGAAAUGGACUGGGACCAGUUUGACUUGAACCCUAAAGUAAUUGCUGCCCUUAAGAAAGCUGACAUAAAAUCAAUAAAAGAGGUUUUAAAUCUUUCUGGAGCAGACUUGCAAAGAUUGAUGAAAUUGUCCAGUGCAGAUAUACAGUGCUUACUGAAAACAGUCUCUCACACGCUGAGGAGAAAUAGUAUGCUUACAGCGUUUCAGCUCUACCAAGAUAAAGAUCAGCUCACCUCCCAACACCAGAAGCUGAGCCUAGGAUGUCCAGUACUCAGUAACUUGUUAAAAGGUGGCAUUCCUUUAGUGGGAAUCACAGAACUUGCUGGGGAGAGUUCUGCUGGGAAGACUCAGAUUAGUUUACAGCUGUGCCUUUGUGUGCAGUAUCCUUACAAGUAUGGUGGAUUAGAGUCUGGAGCUGUCUACAUUUGCACAGAAGAUGUCUUCCCAAGUAAACGUCUGCAACAACUCAUCGAUCAACAGCAUAAGCUGCGUGCAGAUGUUCCAGCUGAAAUCAUACAGAAGAUCAAGUUUGGAAACAGUAUUUUUGUUGAGCAUGCAGCAGACCUAGACACCUUUCACAACUGCAUUACCCAGAGGAUUUCCCUCCUGCUCUCCAGAGGCAUGGUGAGGCUGGUGGUCAUAGACUCUAUUGCCGCUUUGUUCCGCUGCGAAUUUGGAGCUUCAGACUCGGUCACGAAGGCUCGGUACUUGCAGACGUUUGGAGCUCAGCUUCACAGUUUAAGCACAAGAUUCAGGACUCCAAUCCUGUGCAUUAAUCAGGUGGCAGAUGCAGUGAGCGAGUCAGAAGCUGCUCAGUGCAGUUGCAGUGUAGUGGAUAAGAGAGUGACUCCAGCACUUGGAAUAACCUGGGCAAAUCAGCUGCUGAUGAGACUGAUGGUCAGCCGAGUACUACAACCUGAACAGUCACCUGGAGCUGGUUCACACCACACUGGAAGCUUGAGGACUUUGACAGUAGUUUUUGCUCCUCAUCUCCCUCCAUCCUUUUGCUACUAUACGGUAAAAUUGGAAGGUGUAAGAGGAAUAAAAUAAAACCUUUGCAUAGUAAAGCACACUGCUCAAAAAAUGUAUCAGAACUGCCUUGCUUCAGGAAGAAUUACUAGUAAAAUGAAAUUCUUCGUGGAUGAGAGAAAUGGAUGCUGAAAUACAUAAACAGUGACAUGAUGACAUUAAGCCUUGUCUACAGUGUGAAAGAAGAUCUUUUUAUACUUGGGUGUGUGUUCAUCAGCUUUUCUUCAUAAGAUAAGUAUUCUGCAGGAGAGUGAAACUGUUGGAUUAGGAUAGCAUUCCUGAUCAGCUUCUGGAUCACUCCCUCUAGUAUCUUCUGCCCUUAUUGCUGGGCUCUUACCUCACUGUGCUUCCAAAGGGCUCCUUUAGCUAUUUUCGUCCACCUGUGGAGCUGUUACGUGGUGGGUUUUGUUGCUGCUGGAGCUUUACUUAUUUUUCUUUCCAACUUUACACCGUUUUUUGCAUCUUCUUCUGUUAUCCUCAGACGACUGCUGUGACAUCUGCCUUUUCUGGCUACUGCUGCAUGCAGCAUGAAAGCAAGCUGGAUGAAGUCAUUCAUGUGUGUUUUCCAAAGGCCUCAUUGACCCGAUGCUCUGUGGGUGCCUCCUCUUACCAGUGUGAUGCUCCCUCGUGCCACGUACUCAUUAAGCUUUCAGAUUUGCCCCUUCUUCUUCCUGCUUCCCCAGGCUGCCCAGACAAGAAGCCCAACAGUCUAAGGGUUUGACUUUUUUGUAGUUACAUUGCUCAGUUCUUUCUCUUGGCAAAUGAGAACUUUUGCAGUCUAAACAACAGAAGCUCUUCCAUAAUUCCAUCUUCAGGUACACUAUCUUAGAGAAACAGCCACCUCCUCUACCUUUCCCCAGGGAUGCUCCUUCUGUAGGGAGAGUAGAGCAGUCACCUUUUCUUGUGGAAGAAUGUAGCUGGGUGGUAGAAAGGAAAAGUUUGUACACUGGGUCAGCUGGAACUCUGGCAGAAGACUUCUCCAAGGACAACCAAGUAUGAUUCAAGGAAAAGGAGACCCAGGAAGAUAAGAGGCUGUGUGACUGCCUCAGGGAAGUUCUUGAGAACAGGUGCAGUCAUGCCUUGAAGCUGAAGGAAGGAAUCUAAGCAAGCAGAAAGAAGGAUGAGUUGCUCUCAGUGUCUUCUGAGAUCCCUUCAGCCAUUGUCUCUAAAUCUCUUCUGAAAUAUUUUAAUUCUUUUAUUUGAAAAUUACCAUGCUCCUUUGUUGUUUAAUAAAAUCCAGCUGUGAAGCUUAAAA